AUGUCUACCUCUGAACAUCAUCUUGAAAAAUCCCACAAAGGAACAAUAAUCAUUGAAGAAGAGGAUUGGGGUGACGACGUAUCUGUCUUAUCACGAUAUGACAAAGCCUCUGUAACGACUAUAAUCAUCAAGAUCGCUUUGGCUGUUGUAUUCAUUGGCGCUUGCACUGGAGCUCUUAUUUAUUCUAUUAUCACUUCUGAGGAACAAGAGGGACCCGUUUAUGAAUUGAGUGAUGAGUUUCCAAUUCACUUGAAUCAACAAUGCAGCAAUGGAAGCUUAAGAAUGAUAUAUCGUACAGGCGAUGAUCUCGGCCAUGAUUCUGGAUAUAAGAAUUAUACUUACACUAUGAACUGGAUGCAGGAUAACGAUAAGAAGAGAAUUUAUCAUCGAGUAGGUUUGAAUCCAAAGGACUGGCAAUAUUCUUAUUACGUUUUUGAGAAUAUUACUUUUUUCCAAACAAAGAAAAGAUGUGUUCAAAUGCCUAUUGGUUAUUUUGAGUUUCUAGACGACUUCGGAUUGGAAUAUAUAAGGAGAACAAAAAUGGAAAAACUUCCCAUAAACGAUUAUUAUCGUGAAGUUGGAGUGUACGAAGGAGAACCUCCCAAUGAUACGAAAAUCAAUGGCAUACAUCCUGCCCUCAUUAGAGGAUUUGCUUCAGCCGAUAUACCUAUUGUCUAUGGAUGGGAAUUGUUCUUUCCACGCUCUCCCAACAUUACUUUGUUUCAGCAAGAAUAUUGGUUCCCAACAAUGAGUGAUAAGACACCGAAUUACGAUGUUUUCGAAAUCCCUGAUGAAUGUUUAAAAUAA